AUGCCCGUCUUUCGUCAGUGUCCCGUUUCUGGGACAGCAAGGCGAAGCGGCAAGGGGAGCCUCACAGGCGGGGCCAUGAAAUCCCUCUGGGCGGCGGCCGCCUGCGGAGUGCGGCGGCUUUACCUGCCGCUGUUCCCCUCGUGUGUUUUUUGUGUGUUCUGUGCCCUCCUUUUCUCUCCGUCCUCCCCUGCUCUCCCGUCGUCUCGUCUCGGCGCACUUUUGUCGUCCCAGCCGUCCGCGUCGUUCACGGCUAGGGUCGGCGGUGUGCUCGUUCUUCUCUGCGUUGCACAACAGGAAGACUACGUCGGCGGGCACUGGGAUUCUCAUGUUUCGUCACCGGCACGUUACGGGGCUCCGAGCUCGGCGGCUGCGAGCUCAGGAGAGGCAGCGCGGGAGUCCUCCGAGACAUCAGAUGGAGAAGACGAGGAACCCGAGUCCGUUACAGCCCCGUCCCUGUUACGUUCUGAGUCACAGGACCACUACGUGGCGCUUCCUCAGGAUGUUAUCGCUCGGCUUGCACGGGUCCCGUUGCGCACAGAGAGUAACGGCGCAUCAGUUGCGAUCGGGCAUCAGCCGAGCCGAGACGGUCUGGCGUACGCGCCCGCUGAUUUUGGCGAGUCUCAGGGUGCUCCCUGGCGCGCCACGGCGUUGCAUUCACAGUCUGCUCUCCCCCUUCACUCCUCCGAUGGGGUACGUGGCCUCCAUUUCCGCGGUGCUGAAACGCCCCUACAACAGAGUCGCGCGUCUUCCUUUGGUUUUUCUGGCGGGGCACCCUCGGUGUAUUUCCUCUUGCCACGCAGCAACGCCAGCGGGACAGGAUCUGUGCAGUCUGCACAGCUUUCCGGACGCGCGUCUGAGGACGAGCGUAGCGUAGAAGAAGAGACGCCCACACGGGGCUUCUACCGGCACAUCAACCGGGAGAGCCUGGGGCGUCCCUUUUCAGAAAAAAUCUCCGCACAGCUGGGAGACCUCUACCCCCGAGGUGGCGGAGACUACAGUUCGGCGCCCGAGUUCAUCCAGAAAGUUCCUGGCGCUUCUGUGCCCGUAACAGCAGCUGAUCCACAUUACAUUUACUCACUGUCGACCCCUGCAUCGCGGCAGAGGGAAGGCAACCCGCUCAGCGCUAUCCCUGAACACGGCGCGUCCGCUUCGUCCCCUGCCGUUCUGUUGAGAUACGCAGGAGACAGCGUGCCUAGCGAAAGGCCGUUCGGUACGCCGCCACCUGCUGACUCCCCCGUCGGCUUCCGACAGGAGUCAGAUGUCGCGCAAGAUGGUGUGCCUCGUCCACAGUAUUGGAGCCCGUACGCGGGCCUGCAACGAGGUCGAGAAAACGUCUUCGUUACCUCGGAAGGCGACCAGAAGCAAGCUGGAGGAGAGGGCAACCUUCCACGAGCGAGAGAAGGAGGAGGCGCCGUAGUGUAUGGGCAGGGACCAGCGCAAGGGCGCCGACACUACCCGCAGCCGGGACUGCAUUCUCUUGAGUCGCCGUCAUCGACUGCGUUGUCGUUUCUGAAAUCUCUUGUCCCUGGCAGCGCCUUUGCACGCGAAGUGAAAGACACAUUUCUCCGGAAAACCGAAGAAGCGAAGGACGCGUACUUGCAGCUCGGAAUAGAGUCUGUAGCGGCUGCGGUCAGUGCGCUUUUCUCACUAACGCCGACAUCCAGGGAGCGGCUAGACGAAGACGGGCCUUCUUCUGAAGCCCGCGACCCAUGCGUCAGCACAGCGCAUGUGCCGUCGCGCGCCCGCACGUCUAGUCGCGAGCACGCUUGUAAGGCGAAGAGGAAGCGAGGCGAGGGCAUGGUGAACGCAAGCUCCGACGGUGAAGACGGUAUGGCUGUCGGCGCACGAAUGUUCGCUAUGGGGAUUGAGGAAGGCAUCGCGACUGGAAGAACAGCGUUGCAGAAAUUGAGAGAAAGUUCCGAACUCGAAGAUGUGUCUACGCGGUCCUAUGGGGACGGUAAACGGAGGAGAAAGUUGCCCCCGUAUCAGGUCCAGGUGCGGAAGAAAAUGGUCACGGUUGACAGUUGGUACACGCGUUCCCUUGGUGCGACGAUGAAUGGUCGCCGCAAGGACGAUGAGGAUGCGCUCUUGGUUUACUCCCCUCUUGCGGGCUUUCCGAACGCGCGGCUAGUUGGGCUCUUCGAUGGGCACGCCGGCUACGAAAUUUCGCGUUUCUGCGCGACGCAUGCCACGGAUAUUUUUGGCGCCAUGGCCGAUUUUUCGGCGGAGUCUUUCAAAGACGCUUGCCUGGCUCUUGAUGACGCAGCUUUGCACCAGCCUGGACCAGUGCCGAGCUCGGGUUCGACAGGGAUCAUUCUCGUGCUUGAACAGAAAUGGACAGCGGGCGGUCAAAUCUUUUUUCACCUCCAUGCGGCCAACGUGGGUGACAGUCGCGCGUUGCUGCUGCGCCAGGACGGAUCGUUCAUCGUCUUGUCAGAAGACCACAGACCGAACAACCCGGCAGAGCGGAAGAGAAUUGAAUCGGCUGGAGGCCGCGUGGAGAGAAAGCGGAAUGGCAUUUGGCGAGUAGAUGGCUUUCUUGCUCUCUCGCGUGCCUUUGGAGAUUUCAUGCUGAAGCAGGAGUCCUCGCUGCCGGCCGACGCCCAACGCGUCGUAGCCGUUCCAGACGUAUUGGAGACGAUUGCACGCCCCGGAGAUAUCCUCCUCCUUGCGUGUGACGGCAUGUUCGAGGCUCGCGGCAUGACGUGGGAGGCCGUUGCUGCGAUUCUCAAGAAAAGCAUAGAUGAAACGCACGGGGACCUCGCUCAAGUAGCCUAUCGGAUGCUGGACGCAGCAUUCUUCCGCGGCUCUCGGGAUAACAUCAGUGUUAUCAUCAUCCGUUUUGAAAACUACAAGCACACGGUGACGACAGUUAGCCGGUUUGACUUCGAUGCAGCUGGUAUUUUUCACUUCUGUGACUCGGCCGAGGCACACGAGGCGGUGGAAAAGUCAGUAUGCUCUUGCUUCGACUUCCUGUCGCCUGAAAGAGCCAGCAGUUUGUCGGCUGUGAUGGAUGAGCCAAGUCCGAUGUAG